GCAUUUCGCACGCGUCGUCACAACAAGAUCAGUAGCGCAAAAAAAGAAACAGAUUCCAAACAAACGCCAAGGAAAACAGACGCAGGACAUGGACAACCCCAGUUCACCGCCACCAAAUACGCCCAGUGAUGCCGUCGAACGACGUGAUCUCCGAGCGGCAAUGACGUCGCCGGUGGGCGAUUUCGAACCAUUUGAAAACGAGGACGAGAUCCUGGGGGAUCAGACGGUGCGCGAUGAGGUCGAGGAGGAGGAUGGCGAGGAGCUGUUCGGGGACAACAUGGAGAAUGACUACCGUCCCAUGCCUGAGCUGGAUCACUACGACCCGGCGAUGCUGGACGACGAGGAUGACUUCUCAGAGAUGUCCCAAGGCGAUCGCUUUGCCGCCGAGUCGGAGAUGCGGCGACGCGACCGGGCCGCCGGAAUCCAUCGAGAUGAUCGUGAGCUGGGAUUCGGUCAAUCCGAUGACGAGGACGAUGUCGGACCCCGGGCGAAGAGGAGGGCAGGCGAGAAGGCAGCCGUCGGGGAGGUGGAGGACACCGAGAUGGUGGAGUCAAUCGAAAAUCUUGAGGACACCAAGGGACACUCGACCAAGGAGUGGGUCAGUAUGUUGGGACCACGUACGGAGAUCGCCAAUCGCUUCCAGUCUUUCCUGAGGACUUUUGUGGACGAGAGGGGCGCCUACACCUAUCGUGAUCGCAUCCGGCGGAUGUGCGAGCAGAACAUGUCCUCGUUUGUGGUCUCCUACACGGAUCUGGCCAACAAGGAGCACGUGCUUGCCUACUUCCUGCCUGAGGCCCCCUUCCAGAUGCUUGAGAUCUUCGACAAGGUGGCCAAGGACAUGGUGCUCUCCAUCUUUCCCACCUACGAACGUGUGACCACCGAGAUUCACGUUCGAAUCUCGGAACUGCCGCUUAUCGAAGAGCUGCGCACAUUCAGGAAACUCCAUCUGAAUCAGUUAGUUCGGACUUUAGGUGUAGUCACGGCCACUACGGGUGUUCUGCCUCAGCUAUCAGUGAUCAAAUACGACUGUGUAAAGUGCGGCUACGUCCUUGGUCCUUUUGUCCAGUCGCAGAACACGGAGAUCAAGCCUGGUUCCUGCCCUGAGUGCCAGAGCACCGGUCCCUUCUCCAUCAACAUGGAGCAGACGUUGUACCGCAACUACCAGAAGAUCACACUACAGGAGUCGCCGGGAAGGAUUCCAGCUGGACGCAUACCGCGCAGCAAGGAUGUCAUUCUACUGGCCGAUUUGUGCGAUCAAUGCAAACCAGGCGAUGAGCUGGAGGUCACUGGGAUAUACACCAACAACUACGAUGGUUCCCUGAACACAGAUCAAGGAUUCCCAGUUUUUGCCACCGUGAUCAUUGCCAAUCAUGUAGUUGUGAAGGAUUCCAAGCAGGUGGUGCAGUCGCUCACGGACGAGGACAUAGCCACCAUUCAGAAACUGAGCAAGGAUCCGCGUAUCGUGGAGCGAGUUGUGGCCUCCAUGGCGCCUUCUAUUUACGGUCACGAUUAUAUUAAGCGGGCUCUAGCCUUAGCUCUCUUCGGUGGCGAGUCCAAGAAUCCCGGUGAGAAGCACAAGGUUAGGGGUGAUAUUAACCUGCUAAUCUGCGGAGAUCCUGGCACUGCAAAGUCGCAGUUCCUCAAAUACAUCGAAAAGGUUGCGCCCCGAGCAGUUUUUACCACUGGACAAGGAGCAAGUGCUGUGGGUCUUACGGCCUAUGUGCGUCGGAAUCCAGUUUCCCGGGAGUGGACAUUGGAGGCGGGUGCCCUGGUCCUGGCUGAUCAGGGAGUCUGCCUCAUCGAUGAAUUCGACAAAAUGAACGACCAGGAUCGUACCUCCAUUCACGAGGCCAUGGAGCAGCAGUCCAUUUCCAUUUCCAAGGCUGGUAUUGUUACCUCGCUUCAGGCUCGUUGCACCGUCAUUGCUGCUGCCAAUCCCAUAGGCGGACGCUACGAUCCCUCAAUGACUUUCUCAGAAAACGUUAAUCUCUCGGAGCCCAUCUUGUCCCGUUUCGAUGUCCUGUGCGUGGUCAAGGAUGAGUUUGAUCCCAUGCAGGAUCAGCAGUUGGCCAAAUUCGUGGUGCACUCACACAUGAAGCAUCAUCCCAGUGAAGAGGAGCAGCCUGAGCUGGAGGAGCCACAGCUAAAGACCGUGGAUGAGAUCCCUCAGGAUCUGCUGCGACAAUACAUCGUCUAUGCCAAGGAGAAUAUACGGCCCAAGCUAACGAACAUCGACGAGGACAAGAUCGCCAAGAUGUACGCCCAGCUGCGCCAGGAAUCCUAUGCCACCGGUUCGCUGCCCAUUACCGUGCGUCAUAUUGAGAGCGUGAUCCGUAUGUCCGAGGCUCAUGCCCGCAUGCAUUUGCGCGAGAGUGUGAUGGAGGCAGAUGUCAGCAUGGCCAUUCGCAUGAUGCUGGAGAGCUUCAUCGAGGCGCAGAAGUUCAGCGUAAUGAAGAAGAUGCGCAGCACAUUCCAAAAGUAUUUGGCCUUCCAGAAGGACCAUUCCGAGCUGCUUUUCUUUAUCCUGCGUCAGUUGACGCUGGAUCAGCUCGCUUACAUCCGCUGCAAGGAUGGACCGGGCGCCACGCACGUGGAGAUCAUGGAGCGGGAUCUGAUCGAGCGUGCGAAGCAACUGGAUAUCGUGAAUCUGAAACCCUUUUACGAGUCUGAUCUGUUCCGUACCAACGGCUUCUCUUACGAUCCCAAGCGGCGGAUCAUCCUCCAAAUUGUUGUCGAUGGCAACACAGCUUAAGUUUCAGUUUCCUAUUCCAUCUCAUUUAGUUGUAAUGCUCACAUCUAUGUUUUGUUACCCCCAUUUUCGAUCUAAUAAAGUUGUAUUUUUAUAAAACCUCAA